AUGCUCUCGAAGGGGAUCCACCACUCACCAGGAUAUCCGCAUUUCUAUCACAGGCAGCUCAGUGGCUCUUGCGCACGCAGCUGGAAUCUACCGUCAUCCUCAUCUCCAUCUUCUCCGUCCGAUCUAGCCAAACUGGACGAUUUUCGCCGGCCUAGGUCCGUAGCGCCUCAGAGUACAGCAGCUCCCACACCCGCCAUUUCAGCUUGGUCUGCUGGUGUCUCACACCCUGGCUCUGCGUAUAACGCUCCCGGAAGCCUAAGAUCGAGCAUCAGCACAAACGAGGGACAGCACCAUCUGCCCGUGUUGCACACCAUUCCUGCUAUCGCCAGAACGCCAUUCCCGUCCGAGCUGAUCCCGCCCGACAGUGAACCGAGGGGACUCCCUGCAUCCGGACUCCUGCGCAGCAGAAACCCCGAACAAGCCAGUUUUGACACCCCACGAGACUCAUCACAAUCGAUGCAUCCCGGAUCAGUAGCCUAUUUGACAUCAAACAUGGCACAUAAUUCACAGAACUAUGGUUGGCAAAAUCGGCUGCCUCAACCUCUUCAUCCCUCCUCCAUGUCAAUGGACCAGCAUCCAUUUCCCCCAGCACAAGUUCUUCCGCCACAUCCGAGUUAUCCAGCUGGCUAUCCCCCCCAGCCUUCCGGUUCCCAGAGCUAUUAUCAACCAGGGCUUCCUUCGACACAAUAUCUGAUGCCACAAAGCCGGCAACAACCUCGAAGCACCUCAAUUCCAUAUUCGUAUCCCAGCAGUUCCGUCUCGGGCAGCCCGCCAUCAAUCCCAGAUCCAGCAUUCGCGCCAGCACAAACCCCUAACUCGAUACCACACCCGCAAGGUCUUAUGCCUACAGGGACAGUUUACUCGUCGCCCGAGUCCGCGCAAAACUCUUCGGAUCCGGAACAACAGCAAGUUCGUGUCAUCAGCUUUCGGCCAAAACCCCAAUGUUGGGAUCACGGAUGCAAUGGCCGCGAAUUCUCCACCUUUAGCAAUCUUCUACGCCACCAGCGAGAGAAAUCGGGCGUUGUAGCGAAGGCAGAAUGUCCCAGCUGUGGUGCUGUUUUUACUCGGACCACCGCCCGAAACAUCCACGUCGCUCAGGGGAAGUGUAAGGGCAUCGCACGUGAGCCGUCGGCUGAGUGA